GGCUGCAGACGGGCUCUAGGGCCGCCGAGGCAGCUGCAGCUCCCUCCUUCCUUCCCCACCCCCGACUGGGCGGGCCAGCGUCUGCGCGCGGCCGGAGCCGGGAGGAGUUCCCUGGCGCCGAGUCUUCACUGCUCGCCGGUUGCGGCGGCCCACGUAGAGCUCCAGGUGUGGCAGCGCCCUUCUGGACAGGCAGAAUGAAAAAUGGCUGAGGACCCUCAGAGAAAUUUCCGAUCAGUGUAUUAUGAAAAAGUAGGAUUUCGUGGUGUUGAAGAAAAGAAAUCACUGGAAAUUCUUCUGAAAGAUGAUCGGUUUGAUAUUGAGAAGCUUUGCACAUUUAGUCAAAGGUUUCCUCUCCCAUCCAUGUAUCGGACACUGGUGUGGAAGGUGCUUUUAGGAAUUCUUCCUCCUCACCAUGAGUCUCAUGUAUUUGUGAUGAAAUGCCGAAAGGAGCAGUAUAGGGAUGUGUACCAUGCUCUCCAAGUAAUUCGCUUUAUCAAGGAUUCUACCCCACAAGUUGAAGUUUUCCUCCGAAUAUAUCAGUUGGAGUCGGGAAAGUUACCUCGGAAUCCAUCUCUCUCUUUGGAAUCUGAAGAUGAGGUAUUCCUUGCUAUUGCUAAAGCGAUGGAGGAAAUGGUGGAAGAUCAGAUAGAUUGCUAUUGGCUCGUCAGUAGCUUUGUGAACCAGUUAAACAAUAAAUACAAGGAUACAUUACCACAGCUGCCAAAACUUCUGGAACAGUACCUGAGCCUUGAAGACAGCAGACUCCUAAUGCAUCUCAAAUCAUGUUCAGCAAUGGGCCAUCUUCCUUACACUCUUUGGUUUAGAAAGUGUUUUGCUGGUUGUCUCCCUGAAUCCAGCUUGCAAAGGGUUUGGGACAAAGUUAUUAGUGGCUCCUGCAAAAUUCUCUUCUUCGUUGCUGUUGAGAUCUUAUUAACCUUUAAAAUGAAGCUGAUGGCCUUGAAUAAUGCAGAAAAGAUUGAACAGUUCUUGGAAAAUAUACCUCAAGAUAACACGGAUGCAAUUGUGAGCAAAGCUAUUGAGCUGUGGCACAAACAUUGUGGGACCCCGGCCCACUCAGUCUGAGAUCAUGCUGCCGCCCUGGGAUUCUUAUUUUAUUUGCUUCCCCUUCCUCCCUCCCCAAAUCUAAUUAAAAUUAUUUAAACACUGGG